AUGGCGACCGCCGUGCAUGUUGUGGUGUUGGCGGUGUUGUUGUCGGUGGUUGCAGGGGAGGCAGCUCAACCAGUCACCGUUCACGCCGUGUAUAACGCAACCAGUGGGCGGUUCCAGGUACUCGAGGGAAACGCCACAGUGGAUUCCCUGGCGUGGGCACAGUUUAUCAACUCCGUCAAUGAGACCGGAUGGGGUUAUCUAGAAGUCAGCACCCAGUAUAAUGACACUGAAACAAAGAAGUACAACGACUCCAUGUUGGCCUACGCCGCCGGCUUGGUGGAGGGCUACGUCACACGUGACCUCAUCAAAAUGCACUGGGAGAACACCAUGGCCGGCUACUGCGACAAACCUUACUCCGCCUACUGUCAACGUCUGCGCGACUUCCUGGAGACCAACCUAAACUGGAUUCGAACCUCAAUCAAGAACAACACCGAUGACACCUACUGGCAUCAGGUUGAGAUGUUCUACACCCAGCUGCGGGGGAUGUCCGACGGCUACUCCAAUGACCCUCAGAGGCCCUCGCUGGACAUAGAUCCAUUCGGGUUGUACAUGUUCCAGAUCAGUAACGAUCUGAGGGACCUGGAAGUAGCGCUUAACAAAACCGGCGUCAGGGGCGACCAACCACGACGUGGUCACUGCACCGCCUACAUCAAAGUCGACCUUGAGUGGGAGUUGCUCUAUGCCGCCCACAACACGUGGACCAGCUACACAGACAUGCUGCGCGUGCUCAAGAAAUACACACUACAGUACAGCAUGACUGACGCCUGGAAGGGUCUGUUGCCAAAGGGCAGUGUGUGGACGUUCUCCUCCUACCCCGGCUACCUCGUCUCCUCCGACGACUUCUACGUCCUCUCCUCCUGGCUGGUAACCAUGGCAACAACCAUCCCUAACAACAACCCCGCCCUGUACCAGCACACGAAGCCCGAGGGGUGCGUGUUAACGCCUGUGAGGGUGUGGGCGGCCAACAGACUUGCCGAGACGGGACAGGAGUGGGUGCUCACCUUCAUCCGGUACAACAGUGGCACCUACAACAACCAGUGGAUGAUUGUGGACCAAAAACUAGUUCAAGGAAAUCUCCCUCCGGCGGUACUGACGAUUGUAGAGCAGAUGCCGGGCUACAUUGAAUUUGCAGAUGUGACUGACCUCUUAAUUGUAAACACCUACUGGGCCAGCUAUAACGUUCCAUUUUUUCCGACGAUAUUCAACAUUAGCGGCCAACAAAAGUUAGUGGACAAGUAUGGGGACUACUUCUCCUACAACAUGAGCCGCCGCGCUCAGAUAAUGUUCCAACAGGAUUCCACGGUCCAGGACAGAAAUACGCUGUUUAAUUUCAUGAGGUACAACGACUUCCAACACGACCCCCUAUCUAAGUGCAACUGCACCCCUGGGUACAGCGCCGACCUCGCCAUCGCAGCUCGCGACGACCUCAACGAGGAAAACGGAACCUACCUCUACGACGACCUCGCAUACGCCAUGGGCGGGGCUAUAGACGUGAAGAUUGUAGCGACGGGGGAGAUGCAGUGGCUGUUGUUUUAUGCCGUCUCGGGGCCAACGUCUUUCCAGCAACCGCCGUUCCAGUGGUCAAAGGUCAAGGACGCCAAAAAGUACCCUCACUUCGGACAACCAGACUUAUUCAACUUUAAACCCGUGUCAUUUAAUGGAACAGCUGUACCACCUUCCACGCCGUCUUGGUACAAAGAAACAUGACGUACAGUGAAACCUCGUUAAUCUGGACGGUACAUGACAAACAGUGAAACCUCGUUAAUCCGGACGGUACCAUUCAAUGAAAUAGCCCGGAUUGUCAAAAGUCCAGAUUAACAAAUCAGGACAAUAUUCCUUUAAAUGUUUACAGAUGUCCCUGAUACGACAGGUGUGUGGAUUAUCGAGGUAUCACUUUAUACAUGUGUCGAAACAAGUUUCAUGUUUCGGAUACUUUCAAGCUCAAGUUUUUAAAUCUUAUGUUAUGCAUCGUAUCAGCAAUCAAUAUUCUACCACGACACUGGAGAUUUCUUGACUAUGAUUGGUCAAAAGAAGAUUAAAAUCAGGUCAAAAUCCAUUAGAUUAACAUGAUUUUUCACACAAAAAACUAUUGUACGAAACCAUCGAUAAAUAGCCUACACAUCGAUGCAUAUAAAAUGGAUGUUACUACCUGUGGUCCCUUUUCGGCACGUCCAAAGAUAGUUGGUCUAUUUGAUCGUGUGUACGUACGCUUACAAGAGAAUACAUUCUUUGCGCUCGUGUCGUCACGCUUGAAUGGAUAUACUUAUCUUUUAUACAUUAAAUACCUCGCGCUAAAGUUUUCGGUUCCAAAUUAAAAUAAGAGAUAUGGAGUCGACCUCACUGUCCCGAACAGUAGGUUAAGCUCCUAAUUUGAGAAAUCAUUCUUUUUAAGGAUUGGUUUUUCCUUUUGUUUUGGCUACAGGUACCUAGACUGGAGCAGUCUCCAUUAUAUUAUAAUAAUAUGUUUUGUUUGUUUGUCUACAAGACGGCGGUCUGUAAAUAAUCGAGGACCAGACAACCCAGUGAUUUACAUCAUGAGCAUCGAUCCAUACAAUAUGGAUACGAUGACAUCAAUCAAGUCAGCGAGGCUGACCACCCGAUCCCGUUAGUUGCCUCUGUAAUACAUAUAAGAGAUCAUAUAUGGAUAUAAAGAAGCAAUUUUGAAAUAUUGGUUACGGAAAGUUGUGAAUGUGCAUAUACACGUAGGAAACUGUCGAGUGGUCGAAUAGGCUUCACGGUACCAGUGUAGACGCUGUAAAUUGUCUCUCGUUGAACUGGGAUACUGUCUAUUGGAUGCAGAGAAUGCAUUACGUGGAAUAUAUGGCAAUUUAUCAUCCAAAACUGGCUCCCACAGGAGGUAUCGCUUGGGUGAGAUCAAGCGAUAUCUACACUGUAGAUAUCGCUGCAAUGAAAUUGCAUCACAAUGCUUUGCAGACCAUUGUGACGU